AUGGCGAACGCUGCCGCGGAUCACCUCAGGCCUCAGAACCUGGAGACGCUGGAUAUCAGCAAACUCACUCCGCUCUCUCCCGACGUCAUCAGCAGACAGGCGACCAUCAACUUCGGUACCAUCGGCCAUGUCGCGCACGGGAAGUCGACGGUCGUCCGCGCUGUCUCUGGCGUCCAGACUGUCCGCUUCAAGCACGAGAAAGAAAGAAACAUUACCAUCAAGUUGGGGUACGCGAACGCGAAGAUCUACAAAUGCACCAACCCCGAGUGCCCCGAGCCAGAAUGUUACAAGAGCUACGGCAGCUCGAAGGAAGACGAACCCCCCUGCCCGCGCCCAGGCUGCGGCUACAAGAUGCAGCUCCUCCGCCACGUGUCCUUCGUCGACUGCCCAGGGCACGAUAUUCUUAUGGCGACGAUGCUCAACGGUGCCGCGGUCAUGGACGCUGCGCUUCUCCUCAUCGCCGGCAACGAGCCCUGCCCGCAGCCGCAGACUAGCGAGCACUUGGCUGCGGUUGAGAUCAUGCGUCUGCAGCACAUCAUCAUCCUUCAGAACAAAGUCGAACUGAUCAAGGAGUCGCAGGCGCAGCAGCAGCAGGAGGAAAUCCGCGCUUUCGUCGCAGGAACGGCGGCGGACAAGGCGCCAAUUAUUCCUGUUAGCGCCGUCCUGAAGUUCAACAUCGACAUCCUCUGUCAGUACAUUUGCACGCUCGUCCCUGUGCCGGUUCGCGACUUCAUGAAGCCGCCGCAGAUGAUCAUCAUUCGCUCGUUCGAUGUCAACAAGCCUGGUGAGGAAGCGACGAACCUGCAGGGAGGUGUCGCGGGAGGGAGCAUUAGCCAAGGUGUGCUGAAGGUCGGCGACGACAUCGAAGUCCGCCCGGGAAUCAUCAGCAAGGAUUCUGCAGGGAACAUCCAGUGCCGGCCGAUUGUCUCGACGAUUGUGUCCAUGUUUGCGGAGGAGAAUCCGCUCAAGUACGCGGUGCCUGGCGGUUUGAUCGGUGUCGGCACGAAGAUUGAUCCGACGCUGACUCGCGCAGACCGCCUCGUUGGUCAGGUGCUGGGGCACCCGGGCAACCUCCCCGACUGCUUCGGCGAGAUGGAAGUCUCCUACUACUUGCUGCGCCGACUCCUCGGUGUCCGCAGCCAGGACGGCGACAAGUCGACGAAGGUGUCGAAGCUGAAGAAGGGCGAGUUCCUCAUGGUCAACAUCGGCAGCACGAGCGUCGGCGGGCGCGUCGCGGGCAUCAAACCCGAAAUGGCGAAGCUCGAGCUCACGGGGCCUGUCUGCACGCGAGUCGGCGACAAGAUCGCGCUCAGCCGCCGCGUUGACAAGCACUGGCGCCUGAUCGGAUGGGGUCAGAUCCACAAAGGCAAGACGCUUCCGCUUCUCGAGUCUCUGUAA